UUAACUCUGUUUCAGGCUGUCUUGUUUCCACAUCUCUACCUGGAAAGCAGCAUGUGUGUGUCAGACACGUGGAUGGGUGCCAACGCCUGCACUUCCUGUGUGUGUUCCAUGACCAUUCUAGCUAGGCCAUUCAUUUUGUAGACCAUCCUUCAGAGUUCAUGCCUUUCACUGAGGACAUCUGACCUUUCGAAGCUUCAUAAUUCACGACUAGAUGUCACCAGUCUUUCCCAUGUUAACAGUUCUGACCAUGUUUUAUUAUAUGUGCCUUCGGCGCCGAGCCAGGACAGCUACAAGAGGAGAUAUGAUGAACAGCCAUAGGACUAUAGUAUCCAACAGCCGGACUUCACCUCACAAUGCAGAGGUGGUCCAGUACGCCAAAGAAGUGGUGGAUUUCAGUUCCCAUUAUGGCAGUGAGAAUAGCAUGUCCUAUACCAUGUGGAAUUUGGCAGGUAUACCAAAUGUCUUCCCAAGUUCUGGUGACUUUACUCAGACAGCUGUGUUUCGUUACGGAACAUGGUGGGAUCAGUGUCCUAGUGCCUCCUUGCCAUUCAGAAGAACACCGUCCAGUUUUCAGAGCCAGGACUAUGUGGAACUUACCUUUGAGCAACAGGUAUAUCCUACAGCCGUUCAUGUGCUGGAGACCUACCAUCCUGGAGCAGUCAUCAGGAUUCUGGCUUGUUCGGCAAAUCCCUACUCCCCAAACCCCCCAGCUGAAGUAAGAUGGGAGAUUCUUUGGUCAGAGAGACCUACGAAGGUGAAUGCUUCCCAGGCUCGCCAGUUUAAACCUUGUAUUAAGCAGAUAAAUUUCCCCACAAAUCUUAUACGACUGGAAGUAAAUAGUUCUCUUCUGGAUUAUUUCAAAGAAUUAGAUGCAGUUGUGCUUCAUGGUACCAAGGACAAGCCACUGCUCUCUCUCAAGACUUCACUUGUUGACAUGAAUGAUCUAGAAGGUGAUGACUAUGAAGAAAAGGACGGCUGUGGAAUAGAUGGUCUUAACAAAAAGUUUAGCAGUGCUGCCCUCGGGGAUGGGCCAAAUAAUGGGUAUUUUGAUAAACUACCCUAUGAGCUCAUUCAACUGAUUCUGAAUCAUCUUUCACUACCAGACCUGUGUAGAUUAGCACAGACUUGCAGACUUCUACACCAACAUUGCUGCGAUCCUCUACAGUAUAUCCACCUCAACCUGCAGCCAUACUGGGCAAAGCUAGACGAUACUUCACUGGAGUUUCUACAGGCUCGCUGUGGUCUUGUCCAGUGGCUUAACCUGUCUUGGACUGGCAACAGAGGUUCCAUCUCCGUGCCAGGAUUUAGCAGGUUUCUAAAUGUGUGUGGGUCUGAAUUGGUACGCCUUGAGUUAUCGUGCAGCCACUUUCUUAAUGAAACUUGCUUGGAGGUUAUUUCCGAAAUGUGCCCAAAUCUACAAGACUUAAAUCUCUCAUCCUGUGAUAAACUGCCACCUCAGGCUUUCGGUCACAUUGCCAAGUUAUGUAGCCUUAGGCGGCUCAUUCUCUAUCGGACAAAAGUAGAGGUAAGAAUAACUCAUUUGUGUUUUUCCUGAUGAAACAUCCAGGUG